AUGUCCUCCAAGAAAAGCAGAGCGCGGCGGAGCCAGGGCGCCGGCAGCGGCUCCCCCGGGCCCUCGCCCGCGGGCACGCCCGGCCCUGGCCCUGGCCCCGGCCCCGGCCCCGGCGCCGGCUGCCUGGUCGCGGUGGAUUUCGUGGAAAAAGCAGACGACCCUGUCCCAAAAGCAUUCCAAAAUUUCUUUUCCCAACUCGGCCUCAACACGAUGAAAUCUGCCAACCUCUGUAUUGGCCGGCCAGCGCUGCUCACCAGUGGGGCCGGACAGCAAGAGGUCUGCACCGCGUGGCCUGUGGCAGGAUUUCCUGGAAGGAAGGUUGGCCUGAGUGAGGGGGUUCAGAGGAACUUGGGAGUGAAGCCUGGAGAUGGGGUCCUGGUAGAGCCUCUCACGGGGACCCUGGUACCGGCUGAGAGAGUGGACCUGGUGCUGAGUGACAGGGAUGCAGAAAUUAAUGAGGAAGAGCUGGCUGCUUGUAUUCUGAGAAAAUUAGAUGGUAAAAUCGUGUUGCCCGGCAAUGUUCUGCAUUUCACUUUCUAUGGCAGACCGUGCCGGCUGAGAGCGACGUCCGUGAAGGGGGCUGAUGGCCUCACCCUGGAAGGAGCUCCAAGGAGCUCGGCUGGUGAGAAGCAAGAACCAGCCUCUGAGACAUUAGACCUUGAGGCCACUGCCGGGGACUUGUCCUUAGAGCUAAGCCAGCUUAGCCUGGGAGACCCCCAGAACGGAGGGUCCACCAGCACGCCGUGUAAACCCGGAGAGGGCAGCUUUGCCCCGAAGCCAGAAGAUACCUCCCUGGAGGCUGACCAGCACCUCGGGCAAGGUGACGGCCUAGGAGAAGACCCUGCUCCGGCUGAUGGCCGUGAUCCCGUCCUCCGAGAAGAGAGACUGCAGCCCCCAGCCCAAGUGGGAGCCCACAGCGGUGCCGACACCUUCUACUAUCUCUCUUCCAUUACAAAAUUCAACUUUGUAAAGCCCCAGGCAGCCAUGGCAGAGGAUGAUGGCCCUCGGAAAGUCACUUACGACCUCAUUGGAGGUUUGACCAGCCAAUUGAAAGCCAUCAGAGAAAUGAUUGAGCUACCUUUGAAGCAGCCGGAGCUGUUCAAGAGAUACGGUAUCACUCCCCCCAGAGGAGUGCUCCUGUAUGGCCCUCCCGGGACGGGGAAGACUAUGAUCGCCAGGGCCAUCGCCAACGAAGUGGGAGCCCAUCUUUCCGUCAUCAACGGUCCUGAAGUCAUAAGCAAGUUUUAUGGUGCUUCGGAAGCACGACUGCGGCAGAUCUUUGCUGACGCCACUUUGAGGCAGCCCUCAAUCAUUUUUAUCGAUGAGCUGGAUGCCCUUUGUCCGAAGAGAGAAGGGUCUGAGAAUGAGGUUGAAAAGAGAGUUGUGGCUUCUCUCUUAACUCUGAUGGAUGGUAUCGGUUCUGAGGGGAGUGAGGGGCGGGUUUUGGUCAUCGGGGCCACGAAUCGCCCUCACACCCUGGAUUCAGCUCUCCGAAGGCCAGGCCGCUUUGACAAGGAGAUCGAAAUCGGGGUCCCUAAUGCCCAGGACCGUUUGGACAUCCUCCAGAAGCUGCUCCAGGGGGUCCCACAUGGCCUCCGAGAGGCAGAGUUAGUCCAGCUUGCAAAUAGUGCUCACGGCUACGUGGGGGCCGACCUGAAGGCCUUAUGUAAUGAAGCAGGGCUGCAUGCCUGGCGGCGAGUCCAGAGGCAGCGGCCUGACCUUCCUGCCGGCGAGGGGGCAGACGCGGUGAGGGUGACCCUCAGCGACUUCCUGCAGGCCGUGAACGACGUCCGGCCCAGCGCCAUGAGGGAGGUGGCCAUCGACGUCCCCAGCGUAUCAUGGUCGGACAUCGGAGGACUGGAAGACAUCAAAGUCAAAUUGAAGCAAACUGUGGAGUGGCCUUUGAAGCAUCCUGAGGCCUUUUCCCGGAUGGGGAUUCAGCCGCCCACAGGAAUCCUUCUCUACGGGCCGCCGGGGUGCUCUAAAACAAUGAUAGCCAAGGCCCUGGCCAACGAAAGCGGGCUCAACUUCUUAGCCGUGAAGGGACCUGAAUUAAUGGAUAAAUAUGUUGGUCAGUCGGAACGUGCAGUCAGAGAGAUCUUUAGGAAAGCUCGAGCAGUGGCCCCAUCAAUUCUUUUCUUCGAUGAGCUUGAUGCCUUAGCGGUCGAAAGGGGCAGCUCUUCAGGUGCCGGAAAUGUAGCCGACCGUGUUCUGGCCCAACUCUUAACGGAAAUGGAUGGGAUCGAACAGCUGAAAGAUGUGAUUAUUUUAGCAGCUACCAAUCGCCCAGAUAAGAUUGACAAGGCUUUGAUGCGACCUGGGAGAUUUGACCGGAUCAUCUACGUCCCCUUACCUGACACAGCCACGAGGAGGGAGAUAUUCAAGCUGCAGUUUUCCUCUAAGCCAGUCGGUCCGGAUGUCGACCUGGAAGAACUCGUUUGUCAGACAGAUACCUACUCAGGGGCUGAGAUCACAGCAGUCUGUUCAGAAGCAGGCCUCCUUGCUCUAGAAGAAGAUAUACAAGCCAAAUAUAUCAUGAAAAGGCACUUCGCAGAGGCCCUGAACAUCGUGACCCCAAGAAUUCCGGAGUCCAUGAGGCAUUUUUACGCAGAUUAUCAUAAGAAUGGACUGCACACAUGCUGAGAAUAUAAUAGCCCUAACGUAGUCUAUUCAGACGCUUUUUUGAAAGAAAAGUGAAUUUCCUAUGUGCAGCGUGGCUUGAGGUGGCCAGAAUGUUCCUUCUUGCAAAUGGAAUGUCUGAAAUCCACUUGGGUAGAAUUGAGAGGCUGCUGACCCUCCAAUAAAGCGGAGAGAAAAGGUU